CCCAGAUGAGCGCCGAUUCACAUGCUUAGCACGGUCCCUGCACGAUUAGAAUCAAAAACGACCGACGGCCCCGUCUGCGUCGCUGUGGUGUUCCUCUUUCCAUCGCCCAGACCAAGUGCAUAGCGGCUGGCUAGUCUGCGAACGGCAUUUACCUCGGCCAGAAAAGCACCUGCAUAAUAGACGACUGUCGGCGCGCUGCCUCUCGCCGCCUUCCCACCACGCACCUCCACCUCCUCUCGCUGUCUUUGCAUUGAAUCGAAAUCACAGCCAUCAUGCCUGAGAGAGUCAUCGUUGUCGGCGCCGGCCUUUCCGGUCUGAGCGCUGCUCACACCAUCUACUUGUCCGGCGGCAAUGUUCUGCUUCUCGACAAGAACAACUUCAUGGGUGGCAACUCCACCAAGGCCACUUCCGGAAUCAACGGCGCCUUGACUCGCACACAGGUCGACCACGGCAUCGGCGACAGCGUCAAGCAGUUCUACGACGACACCUUCAAGUCGGCUCGCGACAAGGCCCGCCCAGACCUCAUCAAGGUCCUCACAUACCAAUCUGCGUCCGCCGUCGAGUGGCUGCAGGACAUCUUCAACCUCGAUCUCACACUCGUCUCGCGGUUAGGAGGUCACUCCUUCCCGCGAACACACCGUGGCCACGAUGCCAAGUUCCCCGGUAUGGCCAUCACAUACGCCCUCAUGCAGCGAUGGGAGGAGCUGUGCGAGAAAGAACCAGAGCGAACCGAGUUGAUCAAGAAGGCAAAUGUCAAGAGCAUCAACAUGGAUGGCAACAAGGCGACUGGUGUUACAUAUGAGCUCAACGGCGAGCAAUUCUCCGUCGACGGCCCUGUCGUGCUUGCGACCGGUGGUUACGCUGCCGAUUUCACAGAGGACUCGCUCCUCAAGAAGCACAGGCCCGACACCUUCGAUCUGUCGACCACAAACGGCAACCACGCCACUGGUGAUGGACACAAGAUGUUGAUGAAGAUUGGCGCCAACGGAAUUGACAUGGACAAGGUGCAAGUGCACCCAACUGGUCUCGUCGACCCCAAGGACCCAACUGCCAAGACGAAGUUCUUGGCCGCUGAGGCGCUCCGUGGUGAGGGUGGUCUUCUGCUGAACUCCAAGGGUGAGCGAUUCGUCGACGAGCUCCAGCACCGUGACUUCGUCUCCAACAAGAUGUGGGAGGAGAAGGAGAAGGGCAACUGGCCAAUCCGCCUCUGCUUAAACAGCAAGGCAUCCAACACACUCGACUUCCACACUCGUCACUACUCUGGUCGUGGCCUGAUGAAGAAGAUGACCGGAGCUGAGCUCGCGAAGGACAUUGGCUGCGGCGAGAAGAAGCUCAACGAGACCUUCACUGCAUACAACAAGUACGCAAACGGCGAAGAGAAGGAUCCAUUCCAGAAGAAGUUCUUCCACAACUUCCCAGUCGAGGUCAAUGAUGACUUCCACGUUGCCGUUAUGGAGCCAGUGCUCCAUUUCACCAUGGGUGGUAUCGAGAUCAACGACAAGUCGCAAGUGCUCAACUCCAAGGGCGAGCCUUUCGAGGGUCUCUUCACUUGCGGUGAGUUGGCUGGUGGUGUCCACGGUGCCAACCGUCUUGGUGGUUCAUCGCUUCUCGGCUGUGUCGUCUACGGACGUGUUGCCGGUUCCAGCUCGAGCAAGUACCUCUUCCAACAAGUCCUCAACAACUCUGGUGGCCAGGCCGCAUCGCGUGCAGGCCAAAUCAGCUUGCACAUCGACCCAAGCCAGCCAGGCAAGAUCUCCGUGGAGUGGGGCAAUGGCGCCUCUGCCAGCAGCAGCGAUAGCUCUUCACAGAUUCGACAGCAAGGUCAACUAUCCGCCGCUCCAGUUAUGGGUGGCUCCAAGGAUAGCAAGGACCCCGGCCAGGUUACCAAGACGAACGAUAUCAAGUCGUUCAAGGUGCCAGAGAAGGAGUACUCGCUCGAGGAGGUUGCCAAGCACAACAAGAAGGAGGAUCUCUGGAUUGCGGUCAAGGGUGUCGUGAUGAACGUCACUGACUGGGUUGACGAGCACCCAGGUGGCCCACAGGCCCUCUUCUCACACAUGGGCAAGGACGCAUCAGAAGAGUUCGAGAUGUUGCACGAUGAUGAAGUGAUACCAAAGUACGCCGCAGAGAUUGUCAUUGGACGAGUCAAGGGCCAGGAGGUCACACUCGAGUACUAGGCAAUGAGUUUGACGAGCGAAACAUGACAUCUUUAUUUAACGCUUUCUCGGAGGCAGA